AAGCUUGCCCCUACUUUAAAUGCCAAGCUAUUCAUCAUUGCAACACUGUUGUUCAUAUCCAGUCGAUUUCAGCUGUGUUCAAAGGCCAAGGUCAUGGACUUCUGCACUGACGACGCCAACCAGCUCGCCGACGAUGACGGUGAGGCGGAUAUAUGCCUGCCAUCAAAUGAAGCGUCCACUGAAGUCUUUUUGAACAUUCACCGUAUCAGGCGGUUGUUUCUUGCCUCUAUUGACGACUCGUACACAAUCGACAGCUUUCGCGCCCCCAAGCUGAAUGUUCUGCUGGUCAGGCCUUUGGUAGAUCGCCUUUACGAUCCCAACGACAUCUCCAUCAUCUACUGUCUUCUCGCCAACAGGGUUCACUUUUUACGUGAGCAGUCCGACCUGGCACAUCAAAGCGUCAAUGCAACUCGGGCUACGCUGUGUGAGCUGGUGGCAACUCAAAUUCUCCGCCGUUUCCAUGAAGCCAAUCCAGGCCAGAUAGGGCUUCUCGUGUUAGCACGUAUCCUUGUCGAGGGCUUUGAUCCCUUCCAAGGGGCUCCCAGCGAUCUCGAAGAGGAAUGGAGGCACAUGCAGUGGCCCGUCCAGGAACGUGGCGGCCAUGAGAUGAAGCUCACGGCUCUUGAACUCGCCAUCGUUUCGGAAAGCAAGUUCUUCAUCAGCUCGGCCGCGUGCCAUCGCGUCGUCAAUGCCAUUAAUCGAGGCCAAAUCACAUACACACCCUUGUCAUUUGUCGACAUCCUCCCUGAUCACUAUAAGCAUUUGCCCAUCUCCAUCUAUAACCCCAAACAAGCUCGCUUGCUUGACCAUCAUCGGCUAAUUGUUCCUCGCACCCGAGUCGUCAUCGAAUUGGCCCAGUUUCUGGUUCUCUUGACACUUUAUAUCUUUACUAUGGUCAACAGACACCAGGGUUUUACUCUGUGGGAGCUGGCCUUUUCCAUCUAUACCACCGGUUGGGUCUUGCAAGAAUUUGCUGCCAUCAUCGAACAUGGCUGGGAAUUACACUCUCAAAGCCUAUGGUCUUUCCUUGACGCCAGCUUUAUUUUCAUAUUUGGUAUCUAUUUCAUUAUGAGGAUAUAUGAUCUGGGAAAUGGCACUCUCGCUGACGGGUUCGGCCUUCAUGUCCUCUGCAUUGCAGCUCCGAUUCUGCUCUCACGGGUUGCUUUCAACAUUAUGCCCGAAAACGUCGUCUUUAUUUCUCUGCACACCGUAAUGAAAGACUUCACACUACUCACCUUCUUAGCCUUUUGGUGUUUUACCGGUUUCCUACUGGCCCUGCAAUGGCUUACAACCACGGAUCAACUCGAAGACGACAAGACGCCCGGGUGGUUUACUGUAACCAAAUGGCUCCUAUGGAUCUGGUUUGGUCUUGAUGGCACAGGCAUCGGAGAGUCUGCCAACUUUCACAUCAUCCUAGGUCCUGUUCUCAUGGUUGCCUUUGCCUUCCUUGGAAACACGUUCUUCUUGACCAUCCUGGUGGCGAUGUUGACGAACACCUUUGGUCGAAUCGUGGCCAACGAGAGCGCCGAGAUCAGAUUCCACAGAACAGUGCUGAUCUUUGAGAGCGUCAAAAGCGACUCCAUCUUUUCGUACCCUCCCCCAUUGAAUAUCCUCGCCUUGAUCACGGUUCUCCCGCUCAAAUUCGUUGUUUCCAGCCGACGCUUUCACACCAUCAACGUCUUCUUGAUACGGGUUAUCAAUGCUCCAAUUCUACUUCUCAUCAGCAUACUUGAACGAAGAAUGCAGGUUUCGAAGCCUCGAAACAAAAAGUCGUGGUUUGGAUGGCAGUUUACUGGAUUUUCACCUCAUGGUGAUGUCCAAGCUGUGUUUAAGGCGAAUCCGCCUUCCUACAUGUCCGAUAAGAUCAACCAGCUCGAUCCAUUGGAUGAUAUUCCUGUUUUGGAGGCCGAUGUUGUUGCCACAUCCCAGGCCGAGGUAUCACAGGCGAGAUUGCGGAGGGCGACGAUGAGAGAUGGGUGA